AUGAAUUUUUAUACCAAUGAGCAAUAUUGUCAAUUAUAUGAUCAUUAUCCAACAUUUGCGUAUAUGUUAGUUGCAAAUAAUGAUACUUUGAUUGUUAUGCGUCCAUAUAAUAUCACUACACAAAUAGAAACAACAAGUAAUUCCAUUUCUACGACAAAUAUGAAAACAUCCACAAGUGUUACUACAGUUUCGACUUGUACUAUCAUUUCAGUGAAUUCAUCAAAUCCAUUAUGGUCAACAUCCACACGAGUUGGUUUUAGUUCCUACACAUGUUUGAUGUUUUCAUGGAUUUCAUCGACAACAUCGAAUGUGACAUUAGCUUUUCGAAUGCGAAGUGAUCCAGGCUAUUGGUUUUUAGAUGAUGUUUCAGUUACAAAGACUGGAAUUGAACAACUUCAAAAUGGAGGAUUUGAAACGGGUUCACUUUCUCCAUGGAUUCGAACAAAGCCCAAUGGAACUUGUAGUGGUCGUGCAGGUAAUGUCACAAAUAAUUAUGGAUUAGCAAAUGGAGGAUUACCACAUACAGGAAAUUAUUUUAUUAAUGAUGGAAGUACAGGAUGUUUUGAUCAAAUUGGACAAACUUUUACGAUUAAUUCUGGUAUUUCAUAUUUCAUUUCUUUUUGGCUCAAAGCAUCGAAUCAUACAAAUAUGGGAACUGUGUUUGUUGGUGUUGCUAUACUCUGA